CUUUCACAAUUUCAUUUUACCCUAUUGUGAGUCUCAAAUUUCAUCAGCUUCUUCCUCUGUUAAACAUUUUUGAACUUGCUUUAUAUUUCUAUCUUGGUGUUUAUUUUAGCUCUUUGUGUUGGUGAAUUUUUACAGCACUUUAUUUGUUUGUAACAAUCAAUUUUUUGGGUUGCUUCUUCUUUUACUCAAAGUUCGGCACACAUAUCAAUUAUUUUCUGAUUUUUCUCAGAAAAAGCUGUAUAAACUGAGUUAAACAUGGCGAAUUCUUAAGCAGGUCAUACAAUAAAGGUGAUGUGUGCAGAUUAAGAAUAUGAUGCAAACAACAUUAAUAACAAGACGAGGCAAAGCUACAACAGAUUAAAAAGAUGAGAGAAGUUCCUGGAAAUGACAAGUGCUAUACUUGUGGUGCUUCAGAACCUGAUUGGGCUUCUCUAAAUCUUGGCAUCCUAAUUUGUAUAGAAUGCUCGGGCAUUCAUUGGAACCUUGGUGUUCAUAUCUCAAAGGUAAGGUCCAUAUUAUUAGAUGUCAGGGUUUGGGAGCCUACCAUCUUGGAUCUAUUCCGCACAUUGGGUAAUUCUUAUUGUAACUCGGUGUGGGAGGAGCUGCUUCAACUUCCAAGUGACGGAUUAACAAAUGUUGAUGCCAUUCAAUCUGCUUCCAAGCCAAGCCCCAAAGAUGCCUUUCAUGAAAAGGAGAAGUAUAUUUUGGCAAAGGUUGACGAGCAAGUGAAUUCUCCAUUUGCAUUGGGCUUCCAUAUUGGUUGAUCAAAAACCAUGGGCUGGUAGUGAAUUUGAGUCGCAAGAAUGGUCGCGACAAGAUCCGAAGGGAAAUGGAGGUGAUCAAAUUUGAAGGGUCGCCACAAGUCAAUUUGAUCUCAUUGAAGUGGAUGAUGAAGAGUUUUUGAACUAUUGUAAAACUUUGAAUACACUAUGUUUGAUUUUGUGAAAUAUAUUCAUUGCUAGAAUAUAUUGAACUAUUGUAAGACUACUUUUUAAACUAUUGUUUACACAUAUUUAGAAUAUUGCUUUAUAA